AUGUUGGUUUUCUGUCCCCACUGCGGCAAUGCCCUCACGAUUUCCCUGGCGGAUUCGAGCUCGAGACAUCCCAUGGGUACCAGCCGAUUCGAAUGCCGGGCCUGUCCAUAUGAGUCUAUCCUGGAUCGCCAGUGGUGCGAAGACACGGAGAUGAAACAAAAGGAAGUGGAGGAUGUCUUUGGCGGCAAGGAAGAGUUUGCCAAUGCGGACAGUGUCGGCACGCAAUGCCCUGCGGAAGGCUGCAACGGGGACCGUGCAUACUUCUUCCAGCUGCAGAUUCGAAGCGCUGACGAACCGAUGACUACAUUCUUGAAGUGUACUACGUGCGGCGCGCGGUGGAGAGAGAAUUGA